AUGGGCGGUAACAAUAAAGAUACAAGCAACAAGAACAGUGAUAUGAGUGAACCGGAAGUUAAAAGCAGCAAAAAUGCUGAUGUUACCGAAAAUGACAUUUCAGACAGUGGGAACGGGCCACAAGAAGGAGAGGAUUUGUAUCCGCUGGCUCUGUUGAUGGACGGAUUGAAACAUGACGACAUUGGCAACCGCGUCGAAGCUAUGAAAAAGUUGGAUACUAUUGCCGUAGCAUUGGGACCUCAAAGAGCUCGUGAUGAGUUGAUCCCAUUUUUGAGUGAGGUGGCUCAGGAUGACGAGGAUGAAAUUUUUAACGUCUUGGCUGAACAAUUGGGGAAAUUUGUACCUUUUAUCGGUGGGUCCAAAUUCGCAACAUUACUUCUUCCGGCUUUGGAAAUUUUGGCAUCCACCGAAGAAACGUUGGUUCGGGAUAAAGCUGUGGAAUCGCUCAACAAUGUGGCGCAAGAACUUUCGGAAGACCAAUUGUUCCAUGAUUUCAUCCCGUUGAUUGAGCACCUGGCCACCGCCGACUGGUUCUCAUCCAAAGUGUCGUCUUGUGGCCUGUUUAGGGCAGUUUUGGUAAGAGUCAAAGACGACAAGUUCCGGAAAGAGCUGUUGGCCUUGUACUUGCAACUGGUUCAAGACGAUACCCCAAUGGUUAGACGAGCGGCAGGGAAAAAUUUGCCCGUAUUGAUUGAUCUUCUCACUCAAAACCCGGACUUGUCUACAUCCGAUGAUUGGGACUACAUCUCCAGUAUGUUUCAAAAAAUUAUGACGGAUGGCCAGGAUUCGGUGAAAUUUUUGGCAGUCGACGUUUUGAUUUCCAUCUUGAAGUUCUUCAGUAAGAAACAUGAUACCACACACUCCAAGGACCUUUUGAGAUCAGCAAUCCAACUGAUUGGUGAUGAGUCUUGGAGAGUGCGUUACAUGGCUGCGGAGCAUUUCGAGGAGCUAGCGCAUCAGUUCAUCGCCACGCCUCGAUACAUCGACGAACUCUCCGGGCCAUUCUUGGCUCUGUGCGAAGAUAACGAAAGCGAUGUCAGGAAAGGGGUGGCGAAACAGCUACCAGGAUUUGCUAAGCUUCUUGGGGACCCACAAGUAGUUUUGAAAAAGGUGCUACCGGUAGUACAAAACUUGAGUAUGGACGAAAGCGAAAUGGUGAGGGCUUCUCUUGCGUCUGAAAUCACCAACUUGGCGCCACUCGUCCCUAAGCAGGACGCUAUCGAAACUUUAAUUCCUAUUCUGCUCAACAUGUUGAGAGAUGAAUAUCCCGAUGUGCGCUUGAAUAUUAUCGCGAAACUUAAGGUAGUCAACGAAGUUGUCGGUAUAGACCUUCUCUCUGAGAACCUGCUACCUGCAAUCACUGAACUUGCCAAAGAUGCUAAUUGGAGGGUGAGAAUGGCCAUCAUUGACUACGUUCCGCUACUUGCGGAACAGCUGGGCGUUGAAUUUUUCGACAAACAGCUAGGAGAUCUUUGUCUUUCGUGGCUAUGGGACACAGUUUACUCGAUCAGAAAGGCUGCUGUCACAAACCUCAAAAACCUGACAGAAAUAUUCGGUUCGGACUGGGCCAGUGAAAAAAUCAUAUCUCGUCUUUUGACCUCUGACUCUCAACUGCUGGAAAACUUUGUUUACCGAAUCACUUUACUGCAUGCAUUAACCGAAUUGGUUCCCGUUAUUUCCAACGACGUCAUCACUCAAAAAGUCCUUCCUUUCAUAAAUCACUUGACCGAAGAUGCCGUUCCAAACAUAAGAUUCAACGUUGCCAAAUCUUACGUUUCAGUAGUUGAGAGUCUUUGUGCCGAUAAAAGUAAGAACAAAGACCUGAUCCAAAGUACGAUAGUCACCUCUUUGGAGAAACUUUCUCAUGACAAUGAUGUCGAUGUGAGGUAUUUUGCGGCUGAGAGUCUAACGAAAUCUAAAGCCCUUCUAGCAUGA